AUGUUGUUGAACGUGGUGAACGAUCUCGGCCAGGCGUUUGCCGUCGAGAUUGACCCUUCGAUGGAGCUGGAGAACGUGAUGGCUUUGCUGGAGGCCGAGUCAGGUAUCCCAGUGGCUGAGCAGAGCAUUUCGCACGAGGGCCGUGAACUCAACAGGCCAAGCGCCACGAUGCAAGAGCUCGGUGUCGGAGAGCACGGUACGCUGCUCAUCAGAAGGAGAGUGGCACCUGGGCCCGGACCACAAGGUCCGGCCGGCCAGGAUGCCGAGACGAUGCGUCUGCAGCUUUUGGGCGAUCCAGAACUCAUGCGACAGUUGGAGGCGGUACAUCCCGACCUCACAGCUGCCGCCAGAGACAACCCCACACGCUUCGCGGAACUCCUGCGGCAAACGUCUCAGCGACAGGCACAGGCUGCUCAAGAGCAAGAUCUCGAGGCCGCGCGUCUCAAUGCAGACCCGUACGACAUCGAAGCACAACGUCGCAUCGAAGAGGCAAUCCGGCAACAGGCUGUACUAGAGAACAUGGAACAUGCGCUCGAGUACGCCCCGGAGAGUUUCGGACGCGUCAUCAUGCUCUAUGUACCCGUCGAGGUGAACGGUACACCUGUCAAAGCCUUCGUAGACAGCGGUGCACAGCAAACGAUCAUGAGCCCAGAAUGUGCUGAGCAGUGCGGCAUUAUGCGUCUCUUGGACAAGCGCUUCGCUGGUAUCGCUCGCGGUGUAGGAACUGCGAAGAUUCUCGGUCGUGUGCACAGCGCUCAGAUGAAAGUCGCAGACGUGCAUCUUCCGUGUGCGUUUACGAUCAUGGAGGGUCGUGACGUCGAUCUUCUCCUCGGCCUCGACAUGCUCAAAGCGCACCAGGCGUGCAUAGAUCUUGGCAAGAAUGUGCUCCGCAUCCAAGGACGCGAGGUGCAGUUCUUGUCUGAGCAUGAGUUGCCUGAUAAGGCGCGCAUAUUCGAGACGCCACACGGCGACGAGGGCACAGAAGGACCGUCUACGCCAUCGAACCCUACGCCUGCUCAACCAAACCCGCAGCAGCGUUUUCCUGGUGCGGGGAACACUAUUGGUUCAGGCCCUACCAACACGGCGGCGCCUGCACCAAGGCGAAACGCGCCACCUGCGAGCUCGCAUCCUGAAAGCGCGAUACAGACACUCAUGGGUCUCGGCGCGACGCGCGAAAUCGCUAUCAGCACACUCGAUGCUGCUGGCGGUAAUCUCGAUGUCGCUGCAUCGUUGCUGUUCUAA